AUGUCUGGCAAGGAUGAUGCCGAGGAGCACCGCCGCUACACAGCUCCAUAUAGCGCCAGGAACCCUAUCCCCACAAUAUCCAAGUACCGAGAAGAGAGGGCAGCUCGACAAGAAGAGGCACUGAACAAGAGCAAUGGUGUUCCAGCGGGAAGUGGUACUAAUGACUAUCUAUCGCAACAAAAGUCGAGAGAAGACCCUGGGCCACGCCCAGAGUUGGAAGACGCCAAGCAAGAUGACACCGACAAGGAUCAGGAUGACGAGGAAUUUGAGGGUAUCAAGGAUACCUCUCAGAUUGAAGGACAAUCGUCUGAUCCAAAAAAGAGGAGAAAGGAGAUGAAGAAGAACAGAAAGGAGAGGGCAGAGCGAGAAGUCACCGACCCAGUUACUCACCUCCCUGUCACCAUACACGAUUUCACCGAUGAAGCACUCAAGGAGGUAGGAGUCAACGAUCCAUCUUUUGGUACGACUCGACGAACAGCAACCGGUCUUGAUGGGAAGAACAAGUCUCAAACCCAGCUUCAGGAGGAACAUCAGGACAUCCAGCAGAGCCAUGAUGCCAUGGGCGAGCUAUUUCCACCACCAGACUUUGAUGCUCUUCGACUCGAGAUGGCGCAGAUCAGCAAACGUGGUGUCACAUUUGGACUUGCAGCUAUCGCAACGGUCAUCGCCGGAACAUUUUCCUUUGAACGAACCUUGAGAGAGGACUUACUUCCGGUUGGAGGUUGGGCAUCGGCUGUGGGAGGGGGUAUGCUUUGGAUCGUGUUAGCCGCAGCAUGUGCGGCAUCUGUUUGGUUCCUCAUUGUGUCCGUCCGAGAAUGGAUGGCGAAUAAGAUCAACAACAUUUUCCAGGACGAAGUCUGGGACGCUCAUCGGCGAGGCGUUAUCAAGGCAUCCAAGAACCACGACACUGAGACUACCGUUUGGUUGAAUUCCCUUCUUGGCUCUGUAUGGCCUCUCAUCAACCCCGACCUCUUUGCCAGUCUUGCAGACACCCUGGAAGACGUUAUGCAGGCUUCACUACCCAAACUCAUCCGGAUGGUCAGCGUGGAUGAUAUUGGCCAGGGCAGCGAGGCGUUGCGAAUCCUUGGCAUCCGGUGGCUUCCUACUGGUGCUGCCGCAAGGGCAGUUGGUGAGGAUGGGAAACUCAUGACUGCAGAGCAGAGUGACAACGACACCGAGAAGAAGGACGGUGAAACCGAUAGCAGCAACACUGUCCAGGAUGGUAUGGAAGCUGAGGAGGGCGACUUUAUCAACCUCGAAGUGGCAUUUGCCUACCGAACUCGAUCCAGUUCCAAGUCUCUCAGAGAGCGCACCAAGGACAUGCAUCUUUACCUUGCCUUUUACCUACCUGGAAACAUCAAGAUUCCGGUCUGGGUGGACCUUCAGGGCAUCAUUGGCACGAUGCGGAUGCGCCUCCAGCUGACUCCUGAUCCGCCAUUCUUCGCCCUCUGCACAAUCACCUUUCUCGGACAGCCCAGGGUCAACUUGAGCUGCGUGCCCCUGAGCAAACACGCCAUCAACAUCAUGGAUGUUCCUUUCAUCAGCAACUUUGUUCAAACCGCCGUCGACGCUGCCAUGGCUGAAUAUGUCGCCCCCAAGAGUCUUACCCUUGACCUCAAGGACAUGUUGGCUGGUGACGACUUCAAGAAGGACACCAACGCCGUUGGUGUAAUUGUUGUGAACAUCAAGCGCGGAUACGAUUUCAAAAUGGGCGACUCUGGUAUUCCGCUUGUCAAGGACGGCAGUUCAGACCCCUAUGUCUCUGUUGGCUGGGCCAAGUUUGGCAAGCCCGUCUGGUCCACGCGUGUGCUUGAGAACGAGAUGGAACCAUACUGGGACGAGACCUGCUUCGUUUUGGUGACGCCACAGGAGCUGAAUAUCGAUGAGAGAUUGCGUAUUCAACUCUGGGAUUCCGAUAGACUCACUGCGGAUGAUGAUCUUGGACGGAUCGAGGUCAGAAUAAAGGAGCUGAUGAGGAGCGACAGCACCAACGGGCGGAUGUCGACUCGACAGGACGGCUUCAGGGCUCUCAAGUCGGGUGACAACAUGCCUGGCAAGCUCGAAUGGAGUGUCGGUUACUACUCCAAGACCAGAAUCCAACAAGAUCAAUUUGAGAGACAAACUCACGAUCCCGAAAUCCGCACCAUGGAACAGCUCAAAGAGAAGGUGGACAAGUCUUGCGAACGUAAACUCCGAGAGACCAUGCUCAAGGAGGGCAAGAAGGAACAAGACAUCAACGAACUCGAACAGCAAAAGGCCCAAGAGUUGAAAACUGAGCAGGACGCCAUGAUCAUCUCGGCACCACCCCCUGAUGGCUACCCCAGUGGUCUUUUCAGUAUUCAGAUCCACAACAUCACAGGCCUCGAGCUGGAUCGUCUAAACAAGCGGCAAGCCUCGAACGAUGCUGAGGCGACGGAUGAGGAGGAUUCUGGUGAUGGUCUGCCGAGCGCUUACUGCACCAUCAUACUCAACCAUCGCAAGACAUUCAAGACGAGGACGAAGCCCCAGAACGCAAAGCCAUUCUAUAAUGCAGGAUGCGAACGUUUCGUGCGUGAUUGGCGCGAGGCCGAGGUGUUUGUCACUGUACGCGAUGCCCGGCUGAAGGAGGACGAUCCAUUGCUAGGAAUUGUCCACCUACCGCUUUCUGAGCUCUUCCGUGAGCGCUCACAGGUCAUGGGCUUCUGGCCCUUGUCAGGCGGUAUUGGCCAUGGGCGUAUCCGUCUCUCAAUGGUCUGGCGCAGCGUCCAACUGCAGGCGCCGAGAAAUCUUCUGGGCUGGCAGUACGGCACCAUCGAGGUUCAACCGACGGUAACGGUUGACAACUGCCCCAAGGAUCUUCGCUCGUCAAAGCUCAAGUUUCGAACCAGCAUCAGCGCAGCCAAGAUGUACACUGAGGACAGAGAGAACCAAGGGAUGGUGACAUGGAAGUCGAAGCGAGAUAGGCCGCUCGCUCUGGCUGUCCAAUCAAGGUAUAGCAGCUGUCUAUCAAUUGCCUUUCGUGAUAAGGGCUUCUUUGGGGACGACACCGCUGCAUUUUCCGUCCUCUGGCUCAAGGAUAUUGCAGACGAGGAAGAGACAGAGCUGGAGCUGCCAAUAUGGAAGGGUGACUUCCGUCGUGCUACGGCUUGUUGUCUCAAAGAGUGCGGCCAGAAGCUUGGCACCAUCAAGUUGAAGGUGACAUUCUGGUCUGGUUUGGGAAGCGCCCACUCCCGCUGGACACGCCGUGACGAGCACCUCCGCAAUGUAGUCGAGGUUAUCGAAACCGCACGCGACAACCUCGAAGCCGGGCGUAUGGAGAGAGAGGCCGGCAUAGUCGACUCUGAAGGUGAGUCGUCUGGGGCCGCGCGCCGCCCACCAUCGAUCGGGAGCAAUUCGGACUCGAGCUCCUCGUCUUCCUCCGACUCGGACGGAGAAAGCUCCGACAUCCCCGACGGCAGUGCUGGAAACAAACAGGGUCCCGUUGAUCAGCUCCGCGACUAUCGACGUCGGGACAAGCGUCUGCAUCGGCAGCACCGGGGACUCAUGCAGUGGAAGAUCCCGCGUACCGCAAAGUGGAUCAAGCACAAGUUCGACCGCGUUGGGGAUAAGGCGUCUAGCGUCUUGGAGCAUUCGUCCAAGCAGCCUGGGAUCGAGACCGAGGUCUAG